AUGCCUGCUACUGAAAUUAGAAGGUCCAGUAGAAUUACACGACUAAUACAGAUGUACUCUCCUUCUUUGUACUAUGAACUAAAGUUAUAUGAAGAAGCCGCUCAAGUUGAAGAUUCAAAGGAAAUUUUUUUGUUGCCUAAUGCCUCUCCAAUUGAUCCGCAGGCAACAAACAACUCCAUAGCCAAACUUCCAGAUGAAUUUGGCAAAUGUUUGAAGUUAAGUAAAGUCGAUAUCGAGGGAAACAAACUAACAGUAAUACCAGAAAACGUUUUGAGGUCAUGGACUACGCUCACAGAGCUUAAUGCCGCAAGGAAUCUACUGACAACAGUUCCUGAUAGCAUUGGGGUCCUAACAAAAUUGAUACGUCUUGACUUCCACCAGAACAAAAUUUCAUCGAUUCCAUCUUCAAUUAUGGGUUGUUGCUCAUUAGCUGAGUUUUAUAUGGGAAUCAAUUUGCUUUCAUCACUACCUCAGGAACUGGGUGCACUUUCUCGUUUAGGAACUCUGGAUCUUCAUUCAAAUCAGCGGGACGAAUUAGGUCUGCAAUUUUCAGAGGUGAAAAUAUAUAUACUCGCCCCUCACUGAUAUUCCCCCGUCGACACAUUGGUUAGUGAUCUAAAUUUUACAAUUUUUUGAAGUGGUAGUAAAAUAUCUAUGGGCGCAGGUACAUUGACAUCCUUACUAAAGUGGUUAAACUCUUUCUCUUCAUAUGCAU